GGCGCUUUCCGAGGAAAUUCGGGACUCGAGUUUCCCGGGGAAGAGGCGCGGCCUGAGCCCGGCGAGGGUGGGCAGGGCAGGCGCAGGUGGACCCCGGCGGCCCCCGAGCCCCGCUGUGACCUUGGCCGCGGGGGAGGGGCUGGGCCGCUGCGGGGCAGUCGCGGCCGCCAGAGGGGGCAGCGGAGAAGAACUUGCCCAACUUGGCGGCGCGGGCUGGGGCGGCUCUGCGCCUCCGCGCCCGCCUCCCUGGCCUCCGCCUUCUCCCCUCCCGAGAGCCUCCUCCCCUCCCGCGAGCCUCCUCCCCUGGGCCCUCCUCCCGUCCUCCCCGCCGCCGCCGGUCCCGGUGCGCGCCCAUCCCUGCCCGCAGCCCCGCGCGCCGGCCGAGUCGCUGAGCCGCGGCUGCCGGACGGGACGGGACCGGCUGGGCUGGGCGCGCCCCCCAGGCCCCGCCGUGGGCAUGGGCGCACUGGCCCGGGCGCUGCUGCUGCCUCUGCUGGCCCAGUGGCUCCUGCGCGCCGCCCCGGAGCUGGCCCCCGCGCCGUUCACGCUGCCCCUCCGGGUGGCCGCGGCCACGAACCGCGUGGUUGCGCCCACCACGGAAGCCGGGACCCCUGCCGAGCGCCACGCCGACGGCUUGGCGCUCGCCCUGGAGCCUGCCCUGGCGUCCGCCGCGGGCGCCGCCAACUUCUUGGCCAUGGUAGACAACCUCCAGGGGGACUCUGGCCGCGGCUACUACCUGGAGAUGCUGAUCGGGACCCCCCCGCAGAAGCUACAGAUUCUCGUUGACACUGGAAGCAGUAACUUUGCCGUGGCAGGAGCCCCGCACUCCUACAUAGACACAUACUUUGACACAGAGAGGUCUAGCACAUACCGCUCCAAGGGCUUUGACGUCACGGUGAAGUACACACAAGGAAGCUGGACGGGCUUCGUUGGAGAAGACCUCGUCACCAUCCCCAAAGGCUUCAAUAGUUCUUUUCUUGUCAACAUUGCCACUAUUUUUGAAUCAGAGAAUUUCUUUUUGCCUGGGAUUAAAUGGAAUGGAAUACUUGGCCUAGCUUAUGCCACGCUUGCCAAGCCAUCAAGUUCUCUGGAGACCUUCUUCGACUCCCUGGUGACACAAGCAAACAUCCCCAACGUUUUCUCCAUGCAGAUGUGUGGAGCCGGAUUGCCCGUUGCUGGAUCUGGGACCAACGGAGGUAGUCUUGUCCUGGGUGGAAUUGAACCAAGUUUGUAUAAAGGAGACAUCUGGUACACCCCUAUUAAGGAAGAGUGGUACUACCAGAUAGAAAUUCUGAAAUUGGAAAUCGGAGGCCAAAGCCUUAAUCUGGACUGCAGAGAGUAUAACGCGGACAAGGCCAUCGUGGACAGUGGCACCACGUUGCUGCGCCUGCCCCAGAAGGUGUUUGAUGCAGUGGUGGAAGCUGUGGCCCGUGCAUCUCUGAUUCCAGAAUUCUCUGACGGUUUCUGGACUGGGUCCCAGCUGGCGUGCUGGACGAAUUCGGAAACACCUUGGUCUUACUUCCCUAAAAUCUCCAUCUACUUGAGAGACGAGAACUCCAGCAGGUCAUUCCGUAUCACAAUCCUGCCUCAGCUUUAUAUUCAGCCCAUGAUGGGGGCCGGCCUGAAUUACGAAUGUUACCGAUUCGGCAUUUCCCCAUCCACAAAUGCACUGGUGAUCGGUGCCACAGUGAUGGAGGGCUUCUACGUCAUCUUUGACAGAGCCCGGAAGAGGGUGGGCUUUGCAGCGAGCCCCUGUGCAGAAAUUGCAGGUGCUGCAGUGUCUGAAAUUUCCGGGCCUUUCUCAACAGAGGACAUAGCCAGCAACUGUGUCCCCGCUCAGUCUUUGAGCGAGCCCAUUUUGUGGAUCGUGUCCUACGCGCUCAUGAGCGUCUGUGGAGCCAUCCUCCUUGUCUUAAUCGUCCUGCUGCUGCUGCCGUUCCGGUGUCAGCAUCGCCCCCGCGACCCUGAGGUCGUCAAUGAUGAGUCCUCUCUGGUCAGACAUCGCUGGAAAUGAAGAGCCAGGCCUGACCUCAAGCAACCAUGAACUCAGCUAUUAAGAAAAUCACAUUUCAAGGGCAGCAGCCGGGAUCGACGGCGGCGCUUCCUCCUGUGCCCACCCGUCUUCAAUCUCUGUUCUGCUCCCAGAUGCCUUCUAGAUUCACUGUCUUUUGAUUCUUGAUUUUCAAGCUUUCAAAUCUUCCCUACUUCCAAGAAAAAUAAUUAAAAAAGAAACUUCCUUCUAAACCAAAACAGAGUGGAUUGGGCUGCAGGCUCUAUGGGGUUCAUUAUGCCAAACUGUCCACAUGUGCCACCAAUGCAAAACAAAACCAAGCCUUGGCUAGUUCUCUUCUCUCUUCAAUCUCUGGAAAAAUAAGUGCAUAUAGUUGAUAACCCCUCUUAGCUUACAGGAAUCUUGUUGUAUUAAUCGCCUUUGAGGGUAUUUUGCACCAGACCUCAACCUGGGUCAAAGUGGUACAAGAAGGCUUGCAGUAUGAUGGCAGGAGAAUCAGCCUGGGGCCUGGGGAUGUAACAAAGCUGUACCCUUCAUACUUGGAAACAGAGCCACAGGCCCCUUUUGUGGGUUUCUCUGUGCUCUGAAUGGGAGCUAGAAUUCACUAGGAGGUCGUCAACUGAUGGUCCUCACAAGCCUCUUCUGAAGAUGGAAGGCCUUUUGCCCGUCGAGGUAGAGGGGAAGGAAAUCUCCUCUUUUGUACCCAAUACUUGUGUUGUAUUGUUGGUGCGAAAGUAAAAACACUACCUCUUUUAAGACUUUGCCCAGGGUUCUGUGCCUGGGUGGGGGUGCAGGCAGCCUUGACCAUGGCUGUUCCCUUUACCCAAAAGAAUUAUCCCAACAGCCAAGACCCAACAGGUGCUGAACUGUGCAUCGACCAGGAAGAGUUCUGUCACCAAGCUGGCCACUAUCACAUAUGCUUACUCUUGCUUAAAAUUAAUAAAUCAUGUUUUGAUGAGAAAAAACUA